UAGUAAGAAAAGCACAUAGAGAACACAUUUAUUUCUUAUAGGGAAAGUUCAUUCCACCACCUAUAGGUGCCAAAACAGAGAAUACUCUUGAAGCAUGCCUUCUUUGUAUCCUGAGAGAUGGUGGGACCAGUCGAGCAGUGAAACAUACAUUUACAGUAUUUGGCAGACGUCCUUAUCCAGAGCAACUUAUAUUUAUUUUAUACAACUGAGCAGUUGAGGGUGAGGGGCUUGCUCAAGGGCCCAGCAGUGGCAGCUUCGCAGUACUGGGAUUUGAACUUUGAAAGUUUUAACCAUUGAGCUACCACUGCCCGUGUUUUUUGGGGUAUUACAAACAUGUCUGUCUUUUCUGUGGAAAAAAACAACAACCCAAGAAACAUCUUUAAGCACCACAAGAUGGCAGCAUGUUCGCAUGCUGCAAAUGUUUCUUGCCUUGCAGCACUGGAAGAAAGCAGCAACUGUGGUGUCUAAGCUGCAGUGAGUCAACAUUCAUUGCCUAUGAGAUUGUGUGAGGGGCCUCGGGAAGGGGAGUCAGAGGGAGGAGAGAUGGAAAAGUGGGGAAGGAGAGAGGAAGAAAAGGAGAGGGAAUAAGAGAGCUGAAGCACGAAGCAGCCGCAAAAAGUCCUCAAGACUCAACAGCUAAUGGACAAAAUAUUACUGAUGAAAAUGGGAUCUUUCUGCAAAAUCUGAUUCAGGGAUUCAGUGUUAAGUGAGCAGUUCCCAGCAGAUGUUUCACUUUCAUCAGUGAAGGUCAGUUUUCACUGGACUGGCACAUACACAUUAGAGAAAUUGUCAUAUUUAUGGGUUGUUGUUUUUUUGCUCUGAGAGCCAUCAAGGACAAAUGCUGAAUGUUCAGAUGUUGGUACAUUUUGGAGAUCAAAGUAAUAUCUAGAAGUUGGGAUAUGUUGAACAAAUUGUGUGGGUGUGUGGUUAUAGAAAGGGUGGAAAUGGGAAUGUUAGGGUAGGUGCUUGUGUGGUUUUAUGAUGUCAGCUGACAGUCUGCCAUCUUUUUUUCCAGUUCUCUCAAACCUACAAAGAGCAUCUAGACAGGUCAUCGAAAUGACUGGUGCUGUACUGCACUGCCUGAGCGGCAUAUUCCUAAACAAAUGUAAACAGGACUCAGGAUGUAGGCCUGGUAUGGGUGUGAAAAUGCUGCUGUCUUGCUUAUGGCAUAUCUUGUGCAUCCUCCUCCCAUUACACUUUGUGGAAACUCAGCAUCCCCACCAAGCCAACAACACACUAGUGUUCGACAGCUCGGACCAUGCUGACCGCUUAUGCAGCUGCAGCUGUGCAACGGCGGUGCGCAGUUGUGAUGAAGCUCUUGCCAACCUGAUGUGCAGCUGUGCCACCGUGUGGCGCUCGGCUCUGUCGCCUAGCACCCUGGAGGCGGAGACGCUGACGGUGUGGGUGUGGCAGCCGUGGGUGCUGAGGGAGCUGCUGAACGGCAGCAGGGUUGCAGAGCUGCAGCUGUCUCUGUGUAGCCCUGCCUCAUUUCUCGGACCCUCUCAAUAUCUCACUAUUGUGGGUCUGAGGAAGCUUCAGAUCUCCAAUAAUGGGGUGCCACAGCACAAGGGUGAAAGAGUCGUGAACUUUGGACUGAAUGUACAGGAUGGGAAUCUCAGUGUUGCGUUUUUAGACUUGUGGUCACUGAACAAUCACUUGAAGGCCUACAGUGUCAUUGGACCUCCGCUGCAGAUGCUAAUGGAGCACUUUCCUUACCUUCAGCAAGCCAAUAUAAAGAUUACUGACUUAGAAGAGAUCCACAAGCCAUCCAUCCUAACUUUUAUUUACUAAAUUAAAUAAACUAAACAGUUUUGUACUAAACAGAACUUCUA